AUGCGACCCGAGGCGGCGGCCAGAGUCCGUCACUGGCCCGCCGACGGUCCCCGGAGGCCGCCGCCGACGCCGCGCGGGCCGGAGAGCCCCACACUGUGGAGACCUUGGAUCCUGACACCCCAAGAAACUGAGCUGCCCGGAACUGGAAGGCGGCUUGAACCUGGUGGUGACCGGCAAACUCCUGGAUCCAAGGGUGCCUUUGGGUUUCAGCAUCCUGUAAGACUUUACUUACCCAUUUCAAAGCGCCAAGAGUACCUGCAGAGUUCUGGGGAAAAAGUGCUGGCCAGUUUCCCGGUGCAAGCCACCAUCCACUUCUAUAACGAUGACUCUGAUUCAGACAGUGAAGACCAAGAGGAAGAAACCCAGCCUUCCGAGCUUCAGGGCCAGGAGACAGGAGGUCAGGCGGAGGACGGCCCAGGAGGGAAGGGCGGAGGCCAGCUCGCAGACCUGGGCCCGAGGUCUGCAGGACACAGUGGCCUCGGCGGUAAGGGGCCACCCCCUCACGGUGACUCUCUGCGGAGCACAGAGUGUUCCUCACCCAAAUGAACGGAGUCUCUCUCCCAUGCCAGACCUGGCUCACACGCACUCUUGGGGACAGCUGUGCCAGGACCCCUUGCGUGUCCCCUGGUGUCCGGGGGUCAGGGACUACCUCUGGUCAGGACUCCACCCACAACAAGAAUGUCACUUUUAACUUUUCCUCCUCUUGGUGAUUCUCUUGGGGGCACUCACCACACCAUUGGGAAAAGGAUUCUGGAACCAGGAGGUUUGUCUUGAUGUGGGUUAUUAUCAGAUGGGACCAACUUCCAAAGCACCGUUUCCCAUUGUCUCUGUGCUAUCAAGUGACGGAUAAUUCCAGAAUAGGUUAGUCACCCACCGGUGCCUCUCACUUAACCUCGGACUCGUUAUUUAGCGAUUUCUGCUUUUGUACAAAUGAUGUAGAUGUCCCAGCGUUCAUGUGUUUGCUCAGUGGCAUUCCUAAAAUAUUAAUGAAAAAUAAAUAAAACUGAAUAAUUUCCAUAAGAGUCACAGAAAUUCGAAUGUGGAUUUUUAGGGGACAGUUCUGGAUAAAAAUUUCUGAUUCUUGUCUAAGGGCUGAAUGUAUGAAUAUAGGGAGAGAGGAGCUUCGACUCUUACUUGGGGGCUGGUGUGGGCUUGUGACUUGAAGAGAAUGACACUGUUUUCAAUCAAAUUAUCUAAUAUAAAAUUAUUUUCAUUUUUUAAAUAUUUUGGUGAUCAAAUGACUGUACUCCACAAGUUUAUUACUUAACUAUCUUACAUGUGGUUGUUUUCCUAUA